AAAAUAUCGAUUUGUUUUGGUUUCGUUGGUCGCUUUUUAUUGUUACAGAAUGCAAAAAUCAGACGUAUAGAUCGGAAGAAAAUCACCGAAAAUUUAUGAAAAGUCUAUUUUUUUCCUUGGCACAGUUUCAAGAAAAAUAUGAAUUGGUUUUAGCUAAGAGGUAACCCUCUUGUAGGAGGGUUUAGCAGAGAAAUGCAUAGAGUAAUGACCACCGAACGAUAAGAGAUACAAUUUGCUACUAUCGUAUACAUUAGAUUAAGUCAACCAGAGAAACUGGUCUCAAGAAAAGCCUUGAAGCAUCAUCACGGUUGAAAUGGAAGAAGUUCGGGACCGUCUUGUAGAUGCUGUCCAAUCGAUGCAGGUGAUUGUAUCCAUCUGUAUUUCUUCUUAUUCAUGCUUUCAUCGUCACUUCUGUCGAAUACUCAAUGUUAGUGAUAAGCGGUGGUGAACGGAUCUAAAGAAAACAAUCGUAAACCUAGCUUAAGGGAUAUAAACAAUAAUAGUGCAUAGUCUGAUUUUUUGUAUAUUUUCGAUACUGCUGUGUUGAUUUGGUAACAUCCUAGACGAACAUAAAUAUGGCUACCGAAAGUGGGCUCCGAGUAGUGAGACAGUACUCGGACGAAGGUCGCAAUAUGGCUAUGCGAGCUUUAAAUGAUACUACUGCCAACACGGCUGUGAGAAAUGCGUGGUCCAAUGUUUUAACGUUGAUUCAAAGACUGAAAGACACUGCUAGAGAGGUGGCAGAUCCAACAAUAAUCUAUGAACAGCUACGGAUCCUUUUCCGGGAUGAGAUUUCACGCAACAACGCAUUCUUCAUUCUGGUUGGAAUUGGUUUCGGUACCACUGGAGGUGUCCUACUCGGUUUUUGGUUAGCACGACCCCAUCUGGCAACACCAAUUAUGAAAUCAAUCGCCUGUACUUCAUUCCGGGAUCCGGAUAAUGUAACCGUGUGCAAUACUUCUGUUCCACAGUUUGAAUCGUCCUCCGAUAUACUAGUGCGCGUACGUGCAGCAGCCCUGAACCGAAUAGAUCGCCGAAUAGCAUUCGGCUACGGACGAACCCUUCGACGGAUGAUUAAGAACUACGACACCAACUACAAUCCGGAACUUCCAUUAGUACUAGGGCGUUCAUGUGCAGGGAUCGUUGAAGCCGUCGGGAAAGGUACAAAAAGUGGUAUAGAAAUUGGUGAUGAAGUGUGGUUGGUAGCUCCCUGGCAUGAGUCGGGUACUGCUGCAGAACUUGUUGUUGUACCUGAAACUCGAAUAUCCAGAAAACCAUUCCUAAUUGGUUUCGAGGGUGCCGCCAGUUUGCCAUACAGUGGCUGCAUAGCAUUAAGUUUGAUGGAUGCUAACUGUCUCACGGAACAUACUUCCAAAGGAAAACGAAUAUUGGUACAGGAUGCAUGCUCGCCUGUAGGAUGCGUCAUAACACAAUUAGCUAACAAAUGGGGAGCUCAGGUCGCUGUUACUUGUCACACCAGAUCCGCACCGGUCAUUCAUGAGCUAGGUGCCAGUGACAUAAUCACGUUCGCCAACGAGCACUUUCGAUCCAACUUCAUCGACGUUAACGUAGAAAAGUCAAAUCUGAUCAACGAACUGACGGGUAGAGAAAAGUUUGACUACAUCUUCCUAACGACCCGAAUAGCAUACGAUCACAAAUUUCUGGAAAAAUUUCUUGCCAAAGGCGGUAAAAUUAUAGACGCAGUUGAACCAGAACUCGCAUCGGAUGAGUUCGGCCCCCUGAUGCGGGUGCUUCUCAGUAUUCUCGUAAGGUUUCGGAAAGUGACAGCAGCACUCUUUCGAACACAUCCUGAUUGGGGAGGACCACAUCUGUGUCACUUGGUGCUGGAAAGACUGGCUGGGUUUGUGAAUGAUGAAACGUUGAAAACAGUUGUUGACAGGGUUUACACCCCAAAUGAAGUUGAACGGGCGCUUGACCACAUUUGCAGUGAGAAAAGUAUUGGUAGCACUAUCAUUACGUUUCGAUGAGCGUAGUAAUUGGUUGAACUUGGGAACAGUACUGCACAAACAGACUUAACACCAUUUUUAUCAUGAAGAUUUACUAGUUCUCAAAUUGUGACAAUUGUCAAUUCCACAGCGCGCAUCUAUGUGUAAUUCUAAACAACAAUCGCUUUCUUGGGUAUCUAACAGUUUUAAGAUUUCUUGCAACAGGUUUUAGUUCCAUCUCUUUAUGUUAGUAGUGAUGUUGGUGAACAUCAGUUUGCCAUAAAAAUUUACAUAGUUUUUAUUAAAAAUUGUGGCUUACGCAAAUAUCUUUCUACCGUUUGCUGUUAAAAAUUCUUUCUCAUGAAGCCAAUUAGCAGAACCCACAUCAGUAAUUUAGCUUUUUUUUCAAGGUGAUGCAAAAAACCUGAUCUUACUAUACCUAGGUCUGCUAUUUAGUUUCACGAAAAGUUUCAUUAGUUCAAAAAUGUAAUAUCGGUAGCGAAUUACAACUGUAGGAAAAUGAAAAAAAUGUCUUCAUCUUUGUGUUUGCAAACAUA